GGGCUCGUUUGCUAUAAAUACCGGACAACGCUCCCCGCAAAGCCUACUUCAGCAUCUGCCCACCAUGUUCUGGCUGCUCUGUACCCUCUUGCUUGUGGCUCACGCCCGUGGCUGUGGCCGCCCCGUCUACUUGCCAAACGUUUCCCGUGUCGUUGGGGGCGAAGAUGCCAGGCCCCACAGCUGGCCUUGGCAGGUCUCCCUCCAGUACAGCAAGAACGGGGCUUGGGCUCACACCUGCGGCGGGACCCUCAUUGACGCAAGCUGGGUCUUGACGGCGGCUCACUGCAUCAGCUCCAAGCGCACUUACCGUGUCCUGCUCGGGAACCAGAAGCUGAAAGAGGCGGAGGCCGGCGAGGUGGCCGUGGCGGUGGAGAAGGCGAUCGUCCACGAGAAGUGGAACUCCCUCCUCAUCAUCAACGACAUCGCCCUGCUGAAGCUCGCGCAGCCGGUCCAGUUCAGCGACACCAUCCAGCCGUCCUGCCUCCCUGCCGCCGGGACCCUCCUGCCCCAGGACUUCCCCUGCUACAUCACCGGAUGGGGGCGCCUCUGGACCAACGGCCCCAUCGCGGACACCCUCCAGCAGGCCCUGCUGCCCGUGGUGGACCACGCGACGUGCACCCAGAAGGACUGGUGGGGCUCCAUGGUGAAGCCUGACAUGGUCUGCGCAGGGGGCGACGGCGUGAUUUCGGGGUGCAACGGCGAUUCUGGCGGCCCCUUGAACUGCCGCAGCGACAACAUCUGGCAAGUGCACGGCAUCGUCAGCUUCGGGUCCGCCCUGGGCUGCAACACGGCCAAGAAGCCCACUGUCUUCACCCGUGUCUCCGCCUACAUCUCCUGGAUCACCGCGAAAAUGAACCAGAACUGAGGACCCAGCUGGGCCGUGUUGUGAACAGCACAAUAAACGUUUUCUCACCCCAAAGGA